GCUCAAGGCGGGUACCCGAUUAAGCGGGUCGGCAAAUAAAUAAACCCUUUAAACCCUACAAUUUCAGCUGAUAAACCCUAUAGAAAAGGUACCAAAUUUUGCUUCGAAUUGGAGAAAAUUAAUUUUGUGACGCAAAAGAAUGGAUCACAUAGCAGCACUUGAACAACAAAUGAUGUCAGAAAGAUUGAAAAAGAAGCUUAACGAAGUUAAUAUAGCUGCUGAAACCCAACUCGCCUCUGUCCAAGACCACAUUAAUUUCACUCUUCAGCAAGCGUACUUCAAAUGUGCAUAUGAGUGCUUUGAUAGAAACAGAAAGCAUGAAGAGAUUGGCAACUGUGUGGAGCAUUGUAGUGUCCCAGUUGUUAGAGCUCAACAACAUUUUGAGAAUGAGAUGUCCAAGUUUCAAGAAAGAAUGAAUAGAUCUCUGAUGGUCUGCCAAGACAAGUUCGAGACAGCUAAGCUACAACAGAUUGGCUCUGAUGCUGUGAAUAUUCUGGAGUCAUGUGUGGACCAGUCAAUCCAGGAAACCGUCAAGACACUGCCUCAUCUUGUUGAAAGAUUGAAAUCAAAUUUCUCUAUUAGAGAUUAAACUCAGCGAGCAUUGCCCGCGACUCGCAACAUUUUCAGUAUUUUGGAAGUUAUUAGAUCUCCAGUAAUCAGAGUGACUCACGAUUAUACUAUGCUGUGCCCUUCAAGACAGCGCGUGAUUUAGAAAAAAAUUUAACAUUUUAGAUUGCUUGCUGCUCUGCAAUGCAAUAUCAGCAUUUUAUUUAUUUUAAUAUAAUAAGAUUACUAAUUUUCUUCA